AGUUGCAUUAAGGAUGUGUAAAACAGUUCCAUGUCACUCACCCAGACUUGUUUUGCAGGUAUAUCAGCAAAUACUAGAUAGAGAUCUCAAUAAAUCGAUCUGUUGUUACAAAUAAUUUUAUUUCAAGCAGCUUCAACAUGUUAUCAUUCUGUAGGCUCACCUUCCAACUCUGCAUUAGAUCAGGGAACAAGACCAUCCUACAUAAGUGACAAAGAGUUUUCGUACAGAACUGACAAAUGAACCUCCCUUUGUUGCCACCCAAGUAUGUGUCACAUCUUAUCUGGAAAUUCUCUGACAAUAACCCUAGACCCAAGUCAAUGUCCACAGCUUUUUCUCGGACCCCACCCAGGUCAUCAUUUUCUCCUCAGCCUACUUUCCCCCUCUGCCCUUGCUUUGUAAGGGAAAGAAGAGAAGGUGUACUGGCUUGAGCUUGGAGGCUGUGGCUUGUCUGCCUAGACAGCCCUCUUUGCCUGGCUAAGGGAAGGCACCAGUCAGUGUCACUUGCUCACCCAGGAAUAUGACAGCAAAGCUGGUAGAGCAAACAGCCUCACCAAUACUUCCACAAAGCCACUCACAUUAGCUGUUUUCAGUACUCAGUGCUGGCUGAGCGUUGCUAGCUCUGCUCCUCUCUUGCUAGGUCAGCCAAGAGACAAGGAAACAAAAAUAAGCUCUUUCUAGCACCACCUUCCACACCAAGAAAAACAUGUUUACUCCUCCCCAUCCAUGUGAACGCUUCUGUUUCAGGUCUUUGCCUGAUGGCUUUAUUCUUCCUGGAGUCCUGCUGCUGCCAGUUUUCAGGGCAGCGACUCUGCCACAGCCUCAUGGACCAGCAGAGCUGGACUACCCAAGGCAAAAUAAGUUUGGGGUGGCCAAAGCCAAUGCCAGGUUCACCAACCUGGGCAGAGUCCUGCAGCAGGGCAGGGCAGACACCACUGAUUGGACCCACGGACCCACCCAGACGAGGCGACGUGAUGAACCAUGUACGAGGUCCAGUAUCACUACGAGGUAGUUCAGGAACGAUCAGCAGGAGAUGGUGCCAGGAAUAGAACUGGAAACACAGGUCCAAGGUUCACCCAGGAGAUGGGGCUGGAGAGAAGAACUCCUGUAACAUAACUGGGCAGGGACUGAAGGUGCUGGACUGAGACGAAAUGGAGCUCCUGCCCCAUGGGCAGGGUGUGUAACUGGGGCCCCAAAAGUACUUGUGUAAAGGUCAUCGAGGCCUAGUUAGCGCACCUAAACUCCAGUUCUCCUAAGCAUAUCAAGCGGGAUUCUGAGGCAAAGUCCUUCGAGACUUGACAGCAGUGUCUGUGCCUCCUGCCCCACUUUUGGAGCCAGCCUAGGAACAGCAGAGGUACAGUGUGGCCACGCAGGCCAUGGGGCUAACAGCAGAGCUCAGGAGCUUCACCAGCUCCUGGGGGAAGAGGCACUUAGACAACGUGUAGGGAGGAAAUGUGUGGGAAGAAAGCAUGACUAGAUUGCAGAAGAGUGAUGCCUAACUGAGGGGAUGCUUGGGGUCCCACCACAGAUGGGGAGAUCCAGUGAAUGUGUAGAUGAGCCACCAAGGCACUCGGUCAGCAAGCUGAUUUUGAAGACUUAAAUGAGAGAUUUCAGUAGCUCUGUCAGAAACACACUGGUAUACUGGAGCAAAAGGGAUUUAUAAAAGACUGGGUGCAAGGAAAUUUCCUCAUCCUAUAAGAAUUUCAGGGACUUGCAGAAGGGCAGAGGCAAUUGUCUCAAGUAAAGAUAAUAAAUACCACCUCCAAACUAAAAACCUUUUUUUUACAUUUCAGUAAGGUUGAAAAUGUUGGAAAUAUGUAUAGGUUGUUUCAAACCCUUUCUCUUAACCAAUUUUUUCAGAGGAAAACUACAUCAAAUCCACCCUCUUCUUCCAAGCGACUUUUGGUUUGACAAGUCAGCGUGUUUCCUGAUGGCCAAGUGUUUGCCUGGCAGACUCCGAUGCUCGCGUUGUCGCGAGUCGUUAACCCUCGACACCUGCACUAUCCUGUGCCCAUCCAUCACAGUCGCAACUCAAGAGCACCUGCCCACAACAGACGCCACGCGUGGCCCUUGCUCGCUUUCCUCCCGCAGGAUCCGUGCCGCGGCUGGAGCGAUGCCCCCGAGGAACCCCUCUGCCCGCACGAAGGGCCCGGCGGCACCUCCUCUCCCGCACCGCAGCGGCGGGGGGAGUCUCCGAGGGGGAGGAGCAGCGCGGGCUCCCCACGGACACCCCACCGGGAAGGCGUUCCGCGCAAGCCCGGCGGGCGGGGGAAGGAGCAAGGGGGGUACCGGCGGUGGCAGCAGGAGGCGGCGACGGGGCGGGCAGCGGACCCGGGGCGUGGCGCGGUCCGGCGGCGCCGGGAGGCGGCUCAGUCCCCGCUGCCAGCCGAGGGCGGCCGGCCCCGCGGAGCAGCCGCCCAGCCCGGCCCGCCCCGCGCCGAAGCCGCCGGCCGGCGAGGGCGGCAGCAUGAGCGGCGGGCGUAGCGGGCGAUCCGCCGUGAAGAUGGAGGCGCCGUUUUACCCCGAGGAAGGACUGGAGCUGCUGCCCGACUUCGUGCCGCUGCCGGGUUUCGGUACCGCCGGCGGACCUGGAGCCGAUGCGGCGGCGGCGGGGCAGAAGCUGCUGCUGGGCGCCGGGAAGAAGCGAGACCUGUCGGCCGCCGCCCCCGCGCCGCUCCCGGGGCCCUUCACCCUUCGCCCGCCCGCCGGCGCCCGCGGCAGCGCGGCCGCUCUUCGCCUGCUGCCGCCGCCGCCCGCCGCCGCCGCCGCCCCGCCGCCCACCGCGGGAUCCGCGGAGCCGGGAAGCGGCGGCGGGGCGGCGGCGGCCCGCGGCGGCCCGGAGGCCGCGCUGGGGUCGGCUGCGGAGCUGCCGCUGCUGAAGCUGCCGCCGGCCGCCGACCUGGAGCAGCUGCUGAUCCAGGGGGGCGCGGGCCUGGGCGCGGGCAGCCCGGGGCCAGCGGCGCCCGGGGCGGGGAGCGGCGGGGCGGCGGCGGCGGGGCCGUUCCUCUACCGGCAGCCGGUGACGCAGGAGCAGGAGGGUUUCGCCGACGGCUUCGUCAAGGCCCUGGCCGACCUGCACAAGCAGAACCAGCUCCUGGCGCCGCCGCCACCGCUGUCCGCGCCGGGACCCUGCUGCACCGCCCGCCCGGGGCCGCCGGGAGCCCCCGCCGCUGCCGCCGCCGACCCUCCGGCCGUCUACACCAACCUGAGCGGCUUCAACCCCGCGGGGCCGCUGAGCCCCUCGGGCAGCGCCUACCCCGCCACCUCCGCCCCGCCGCCGCCGCCGCCGGGCCUGGCCUUCGGCGCGGCGGGUCUGGGGAGCGGGCGGCUGCCGCCGGCGCGGUCCCUGGAGGAGCCGCAGACGGUGCCCGAGGUGCCGCCGUCGGCGGGCGGGGAGGGCGGUAGCAGCGCGCCGACGCCGCCGUCGCUGUCGCCGCUGGACGCGGAGAGCCAGGAGCGGCUGAAAGCAGAGCGCAAGCGGCUGCGGAACCGCAUCGCCGCCUCCAAGUGCCGCCGGCGGAAGCUGGAGCGCAUCGCCCGGCUGGAGGAGAAGGUGAAGGCGCUCAAGGGGCAGAACGCCGAGCUGGCCGCCACCGCCAACCUCCUCCGCGCCCAGGUCACCCAGCUGCAGGGCCGCGUCCGCAGCCACCUCUCCUCGGGCUGCCACAUCAACGCCGCCGGGCAUCCUCCUCCCCAUGCCGCCGCCCAGCCCAGGGAGGCUCCCCCCGAGGCGGCCGUCGCCGCGCCGGAGACCAGCGCCUGCUGAGGAGGGACACCCCGCCGGCCCCGGCCCCAUCCCGCCCGGGGGCACCGCGGGGCCAAGGGGACAUGAGUUCUUGUGCUGGAGUUCUGCUUUGGGUGGUAUCCUCUCAAGUCAGUGAGGACUAACUGAAGAAACAGCAAAUCCAACCUUUAUGAACUAAUUCUUCUGAAGCACACAGACACCUGCAAACACAUGUCAAGACGUUGUGCAUGGAUACCAGCAUGCAUAGAGAAAGGCAUGGCCACAUAAAGGAACUGUGAUUUUCCUUAGCUGCAGCAGUACACAAUGGGGGUUUUCAUAUUCUUUUGUUGUGGUCGAGUUGUUCCAGAAGAAAACUAAGCUGCAUUUCUGUCUGUGAUUACAACGUGAAUUUUUUUUUUUUUUUUAGAUUUCCAGUCAUAUCAGAGGACUGUCAAAUCUUGCAAUGCUAAGUUAACACAAAAAAGAUAAUUUUGAAGUCACAUUUAGCCUUAAUGUUUUCUGAAGUGCUGCAGUUUGUGUGUAGUAGUUUACUAUAAAGUGAAGGGACGGUUAUUAUAAAUAACGUUUGUAAGGGAGUCGCCCUGAAAAAUUACCUAUCUGCCAUUUGCUUUUUUGUGCACUAUCAAAAAGUCUGUAUCCAUAGUGUAGCUAGCUGUAAAUUGAGUUUUGCUCUGAGUUUCUAGUACUAGUAACAAACAUAGUCUGCAAUAGUUUAAGGAGUAUAUAUUCUGCCUAAAUGGCUUUCCUGAAGGAAUUAUAGUUUCUGUAGGAAUGCUUUGAAGUGAUGGUUGGGUAUGAAGCCUUGCUAACAUGGAGAUAAUAGAUAUGACCAGUUCACUGUGCACUAAUACACUGCUGGAUUCUGAUAUUUAGCACACUGCUGAUAAGAUUUACUACUACUGUUACUUACUGGUUAAGACCUAGUUAUGGGUGGAAUUGUAAGCCACCUAAAUAAGGUCCAUACAGUCUGCAGAGCUGUGUCACUGAAGAUCAGUAACAGACCCUCCAUCCCAUCCCAAGGGAAAAAAAAAAGUCUUUGGUUGCAGUCUGUUUGUUUUGAUUUUGCAAGUUCAGUUACUUUUCUAGAUUAAGUCCUACUUUACUCUUCCCUCAAAAUCUAUUUAAAUAAAUUUUAAAACCUCUCUGCUUAGUAUCUUGAAGCAUCUCUUGCAACUGUUCCGUUACAUUCAGUGGCAACUGUGAAGUUGUGGUAUUACUUCUGUGAUAGAUAGAGAAAGCUGAGGCUGUUAACAGUCAGGCUUCUCAUUGGAUCCUGAACAUAUUAAAAAUCAUGACCAGUAACUUGAAGUAACUCAGUAACUCUGAGGAGCUGUUUGGUAUCAUUUUCUUGUGCUCUUCAGAAAGCAUCCCGCUGCCGUCAGGGAUGUGUGUCCCUCCUGCCUCAUAUGGAAAAUUGACCUUUAAAAAUUAAGUCUAAUAAAUAAAUAAAUAAAUAAAUAAAUAAAUAAAUUCUGGUACAUGCUGAGCAGUUUGAAAGAUAACACAUUGAGCUUGACAAUCUUUCCCAUACCUCUCUUUCAUAAAUUUCCUGAUUUUCUUGUAAUGCAGGACAUAAGCAAUGAGGUGGCAUAGAGUAAAGUCAGUGCACUGUUCCAGAGAAUGUGUUUAGGAUACCCUCCUUUUUCCCUAGUAACUGCUAUGGAAAGAUAGCAGUAGAAGAUACUGAAAUAAAAUUUGCCCUUCUUCAUGAGUAGGUUGAACUCUUGUUCAGAGGUUGAACGCUUGUAUUUUUCCAACUCUUACCAUUCUGUCUUUUAAUAUUCUUAUUGGUAGGGUGACAGAAAUAGCGAGAAAAUGCUAACCAAUAAUUGGGAAAUUAAAUAUUCUUGUUAUAUAUAAUAUGUCACAUAAGCUAUGGCCAUUAGUAGCUAGGACACAAGUCUGCUAGAUGACACCUUCAGAAUUGAGAAUUCCUAAAAUACAUCCUAAGUGUCAUUACCAGUCCAAACCAUUUUCUGCCAGUUACUAGAAUGGUAUUGUAAAUCCUUGUGAUUUUUGAAAGUCUUUGUGUACACCCUAGUGAAAUCACAGCACAAGCUGAUAUGUCUGUGGUAUUUUUGUGGUAUGAUAUCACUUUCCCAGCAGGCCCAAAGUGUCUAAUAAAGUUUACUUCUUUAUUCCUUUCCCUAUUGAUAAUAGUUAGAGAUGCUAGUUGGAGGAAUCAGCAACAGUAAGGAAAAAAAAAAAGGAAUCCAAGGAAGAAAUAGUAUUUAUCUCUGAAACAGUAUAUAAUGGUAAUACUUAUUGUAUGUUUAAGUGCCAGAUAAUUAAGCUUGCUCUUCAGAAUGCUUUUUAAGUUACUUUGUUUAGUUAUUAGUGCUUAAGUUACUUAUCUUCUUUGGAAACUGUGCCCCUCCCUGUUUGGCCUGGUAACUGAUGAUUUCACACUUAGCCUUAUUUGUUUAAAGCCAUAGCAACCACCAUGCUGAAAUGUCAUCAAGUAAAGCCCAGGUCUGAAUGCUGACUGAUGAUGCAAAGCUCUGCUCUCUAAUAAAAUGCGGCCCGUGAAGGACGAGCUCCAAAAGGCAGCUACGCCCUGUCUUCAAGCAUUUGCUCUAAUUUCAGGGCUUUGCCAUGUGGUGUUGCUCAACGUGUAGCAAAACAAGUUCUUGCAAGCCCCUUGAGCAUUCCUCUGAAUGUAACAGAUUAGAUAUUCAGGCUUCGUUAACUCUCCCGGCCCCCCCCCCCCCCCCCCACAUCCUUCCUCCUCUCAACCUCCCCGAGGAAAAGAAAAACCAACAGGACCAAACCGAAACAAAGAGAAAAAAAAAAAAAACCAAAAAAAAAAACCCACCAAAACAAACCUAAACCUGGAAGGAAAGGCCCAACACAGGUAAAUCUUGGAGAAUUGUUUUGCUUUGUUGCAAAGUGCUGUUAAUUACAGAGACACUUAGCGCAGUUCUAACAUCUGAGCCGUCAAUCCAAACACUGAUUUUGCUUUAGUUGCACUUUGCUACUUUGUACGGUACAAAGGGAAGUGAAUAAGUGUUGCAAUAUGGUAUUGUGCAAUUCCUGCCUUUUAAAUAGAGAAUGAUCGGCAAGUCUGCAUAGGCCUCUCACCCACCAAAAUUUGGCCACUGAUUUUUGCCACUCCCAGUCUUUUUAAUCAGGAAUGGGUUUACUGGCUUCUUAAGGUCAUGAAGAGAGAAGGGUAGAGAUGUUAAGAGAGGGCGGUAUCAGGGCUAUUCUGCUGUGAAAGGCCCUGAGCCUCCUGGGCCUUAAAACUCAGAUCUGUUUGAUUAGCUCUAGUUUAUUAUGUCUGGAGGUAAUUUUUAGGCUCCCUAUGUAGGGACUUACCAGGAAAGGUGGCUGAGUUUGUAUUGCUGAAUAAGUCUUUGGUGAAGUAGCUUUUCAGCUUUCUGUGUUUUUCCAUAUGUGGAGUACAACAUCCUUCCAGGGCAGUUUCUCUUUUCUGGAGUGGCUCAUAUAAAGCUGGCUUGUUGUUCCUGCAGUUUCUGCCUAGACUGAAAAAUCUCUCUGAGGUUUAGGAGACUGCACAUGUGCCCUUGCUGUGUGGUGUUCGAGGUGCCAUGUUUGUAUGACUCAAAAUAGAACCCCUGAAAAAGGAGGAGCUCUGCUUAGGUGCAACCUGAAAUCCAUCCUUCUUUGAGCAGUGUGUCUUUCUGCUCAGUUGAACAGAGCAACUAACUCCCAUGAAAUAAAGGAGAGAGCUCUUGGGCAGUGACCCAGCUUCGAAAAUGCUUGGUGUUUUCUGGUUCUUGCUGACCUUCCAUGAUGCAGAAAACACUUAAUGGUCUGCAGUACUAUAAUCACAACACCUUGCAAUAUCGUGAGCUGGGGCUGCUGCUGGUAUCGUGCAAGUUCUGUCGUCCUCACUGGGAUUUGUGCCACAUGACAAUUAACAGACCAAGUGAUUUCCUGAAAAUGCAGAGAGGCCCCUCCCUGCUGCAUCACGACAAGCAUCUCCAAGCUCUCUUUUUGUCCAAAAGGAGAAGUGUGAGCAAACUGCCACUUCUACAGCUCUUCUAUCCAAACUGGUUCUUCAUAGUGGCAUGAAGGCGUGGCGCUGAAACUUUCUUCUUCAGGGUAGCUGUUCAAAAUGAAAGGUGGAGGCAGAGCAGUUCAGAUUUGGCUUUGCUCUUCCAGCAGCUUACUUGCUGGAAGCUGGGGGGUGGGUGUCUGCCUGCAUCUUUUCCUGGGUUUUUUGCAAGUUGGAUUUAUGUGAACCUUCUUAUUCUGCCUUAUUAAAUUAGCUGGCACAGAGGAAGCCUCUGAGAAACCCUUUAAAAAUCUCUGCUUUUGGAAGAAUAUUAUAAGAUUACAGCCUGUGAAUAGAUUUAAAAGACCAACCAACCAACCAAAAACCACAAAAGCAACCCAAAACAGACAACAAAACAAAUAACCUUCAUUUGGAUACAAUAGAUCUUUUUAUACCUGAUUAAUUUUGGGAAGUCUUCAGUCAGAUGUGCUAGCAAGGACAUUGCACACAGAUGGAGAUGAUAGCGAAACAAAAUUUAGUAGCUACUCAUUUGCUGGAUUUGGUCAGGAGAGAUUUUCAAGAACACUUCUGAGACCUUUUUUUCUGAUGUGGCGAUUUAUUUUUUUUUAAUGUAAAAAAGCUACAGGGCUUAAUAGUAUACAACUGAGGAUUAUGUCCAUAGUAAUUUUUUUACGUUACUUUUGCAAACUGUGUAGUAUUAUAUUAAAAAUACUUAUUUCUGAGACAAAGUGGACAAUGUUGGCAUCUUGCACUUGUUUAAAUGUAAAACUUUUUCUUAAUUUAGUGAUGUGCUUAGGAGAAUACUGUAACUUACUGAAUAUACAACGAUGAUAACUGUGUUUACAAUAAUUUUCAAAUUCCUACUGUUCAGUGGUAGCCAACUUGUUUAGGAAUUAAAAGUAAGGCAUACUGCAAUUGGCAAUCUUGGAAAAAUUAACUCAAUGCUGCUACCACUAAAUACUGUGGGAUGGAUAACGUGGGUUUAAAUGGCAGGAGGAUUGUAUUCCAAGCCUCUGUCUUAAGUACUUAUGACUAAAAGGCGACUUGCCUUGUGCUCAUUUAUGUAUCCCUGUGUGUAGUACAUCAGUUAGAAAUCUGUUAAUGAUUGAUUUGUAACAUUAGAACCUUUAUGGAGAUCACAGUAGGGGUUUUGUUUGUUUUUGUUUGUGAACAGACACUUAGACAUUUUGGAAUGUAUAACAUUGAUCCUUGUGCUGGAAUUGUUUACAUGCAAAAGGUAUUUAUGAUUUUUUGCAAACUGCAAUGUGCAAUUUUGUACAUGUGUUUUAAACUAAAGAGUUUAUAAGGAAGAUAUUGUAUGUACAGUACUUGGACAUGAGUAUUAUUUCUUUGAUAUAAAUAUCUAGAGGAAAAUUAAAAUUGCUUUAUAUUCAUA